AUGUCAAAAAACCUGGAGAUCAUCAAUUUGUCAUUUUUGUUGGAACAUGAGAGGGAAACAAUCCUGGGAGUACUGAAGAGAGAUGAGUAUUUGAAAAAAGUGGAAGAUAAGAGGAUAAGGAAAUUGAAGAAUGAGUUGUUGGAAGUGAGACGAAAAGGUGGAAACCGCCAUUGCCGACAGGACCGCGGCAGGGUCUGUGUUCGCUGUCAGAAAAACCUGGGCUUAAUCUUUGACAGGGGGGACCAGUGCCAAGAAUGCAAACUCACAGUUUGCAACAAGUGUCGUGUUUUGGGAAUUGAUGGGAACUGGAAGUGCACUGUGUGUGCCAAGAUUGCACAGCUAAGGAUAGUGACAGGUGAAUGGUUUUUUGAAGAGAGGGCAAAGCGCUUCAAACAAUCCAACCUCCUUGGAACUGAUGUUGUCAGACAGUCCAUCCUACGCAAAGUCCCAGAUACUGUUUCUGGUAAGAAAGAAGGAGGACAAGCCAAAGAUCACGCCCAGGAGAAUGCAGAGCAAAGGCCAGAUACCCCAGCUUCCUCCACAAGUGGGCAGAAAUCAAUAUUCAGUGGACCCAGAAAGAUAGGGAAGGCCAUCAGGGCAGUGACCAAAGGAGAAAUCGCCAGUGUGAAAGCUGAAGAUGGAAGAAGCAGCAGUUCAGAGGCUGAUGCCCAAAGUUUACGCAGUGUCAGGUCUACUCCCUGUUCUGACAGGGGGAGCACUCUUUCGCUGAACAACAAUGACGCGGAGACCCUUCCCGGUAACAUGAAAGGCACAGUGAGCUCUGGGUACCGAAGCAAUGCCUCCACUCCAGUCCAUCCGAGGUCACCAGCACUGAGCACACGCAGCAUGACUUCAGAUUACGGCAGGCAGGACCCUGGUUUAAAAAAUGGUGCUUCUGUGCCUGCAAGUGAAAGUGUACCUGAAGAUUUAGUCAAGAGACACCAUAGGAAUGCAUCUGGAACACCUUCAAUAGCAGUUUCUAGGGCAUCUCUAGCAUCAGAUCUCAGCAGAUCUGAGAUAGAUUUGAGUGGGUCUUUCUCAGAAGAAAACAAGGAUGCUGUAAGCUUAAGAAGUAAAUCUGUACCAGACGCGUUAGACCAGGACCUGGAUUACCUGGACGAGAUAGAGGAAGACCCUGAUGACAUAGUGGCCUCUCAUUAUCUAAAACAUCGUGGACCUUUGGCAAUUGGAUUAUCAACAAACUUUCCUGAAGGCUCUGACAGGAAAUGCUCCUACUUAAAUGUACCUGACGCAGAUGGUGAUACUACUAGCAUUAACAGCAUGAUGAGUGUUUACAGUGAAACUGGGGACUAUGGCAACGUGAAGGUCAGUGGGGAAAUACUUCUCCACCUCAGCUACAGCUACAAAACGGGUGCCCUCAACAUCCUGGUAAAAAACUGCAGAAACCUGGCCAUAGCAGAUGAAAAGAAGCAAAGAACAGAUCCCUAUGUCAAAGCAUACCUCCUGCCAGACAAAUCUCACCAAAGUAAACGCAAGACCAAAAUCAAAAGCAACACCACCAAUCCAGAGUUUAAUGAAACACUAAAGUAUGUCAUCAGCCAUACACAGCUAGAGACCAGGACCCUCCAGCUUUCUGUCUGGCACUAUGACAGAUUUGGGCACAACAGCUUUCUUGGGGAGGUGGAAAUUCCUUUGGACUCCUGGAAUUUUGAAAAUCAGACAGAUGAAUGGUUUGUGCUUCAACCCAAGCUGGAGGUUGCAGCAGAUGUCGGGCUUCAGUAUAAAGGAGAGCUGAUAGUUGUUUUACACUACAUUCCCCCUGAGAAAAACCUAAUGCUUCCCCUCGGACAGUUUCAAGGAAAGAAGAGUUUAAAAAAAGGAAAGAAAGGAAACACACAGCUGCCUUCUGGGGGUAUGUUGGAGGUCCUCAUCAAGGAAGCCAAGAAUUUAACAGCUGUGAAGUCAGGAGGCACUUCUGACACAUUUGUUAAAGGAUAUCUGCUCCCAGAUAACAACAAAGCAACAAAACAUAAAACUCCUGUAAUAAAGAAGAGUGUUAACCCCCACUGGAAUCACAGCUUCACUUUCAGCGGCUUGAAUCCUACGGAUCUACACAACGUAUGCCUAGAACUGACAGUCUGGGACAAGGAGUCACUCUCCAGUAACAUCUUUUUGGGAGGUGUCCGUUUGAGCACUGGAAGCGGUGUAAGUAACGGGAAGGAAGUUGAUUGGAUGGAUUCUCACGGGGAAGAGCAGCACCUCUGGCAAACGAUGAUGGACAAUCCCGGAGUUUCUGUGGAAGGUGUAUUAAUGCUGAGAUCUAGCAUGGGAAAACGCAGACUCUGA